CCUGCAAGUCAGCCAAUCGGGGGCCGUAUCCGGGGCGUCCGGGCGGAGCCUCUUGUGAUUGACUCAGGGAGAGCGGUUGCUAAGUGACAAAACGCGCGCUCGGAAUGGCUAUGAUGAAGGGAACCUCAGCCAAUCAUCUCUCCCUGGAAACCUGGAGGGGGCGUGCUUAUUAGCUUGGAACCAAUCCGUAGACGAGACAAGGACAACAGGGAGGGGAUAGCUUUUCGCCAUUCGGAAGGGCUGGAAGGCGGGCCUGACAGUUUGUGGACGGUUACUGCGCCAUGAACAUCUUGCCCAAGAAAAGCUGGCAUGUCCGGAACAAGGACAAUGUCGCUCGCGUGCGCCGCGACGAGGCGCAGGCCCGGGAGGAGGAGAAGGAGCGCGAACGGAGGGCGCUGCUCGCUGAGCAAGAGGCCCGCACAGAACUCCUGCGGAAGAAAGCCAGGCAGCAGAACUGUCCGCCUGUGCUCGGAGCAGCAGAGGCAGGAGCUCCGGCUUCUCAUCCUGUGGACCUGUUUCGGGAGCUGCUGGAGGAAGGAAAAGGGGUGACCAGAGGCAACAAAGAGCACGAGGAAGAGAAGCGGCAGGAGAAGGAGAGGCAAGAGAAAGCCCUGGGCAUCCUCACCUACCUGGGCCAGAGUGCAGCAGAGGCCCAGACGCAGCCCCCCUGGUACCAGCUGCCCCCAAAGCGAGGGGCCCCUGAGCCCGGCCCAGAAGAGAAGAUUAAGAGUCGUCUGGACCCACUGUGUGAGAUGCAGAAGCAUCUGGGGAGGAAGAGGAAGCAUAGCAGCGAAGGAAGCAGGCUGGCCCAGAAGGAGACGAAGGCUGGGUGUGAGAAACAGCGGCCCAAGGGGCCUCCAUCGCUGGACCAGCUCCGCGCUGAGCGUCUCCGGCGGGAAGCAGCAGAGCAGGCUCGGGCAGAGGCCUUGCUGGCCCGGGUCCAAGGCCGGGCACCCCAGGAGGGUGAAGAGGAAGAGACAGAUGACCGGCGCCGGCGGUACAACUCCCAGUUCAACCCCCAGCUGGCCCGGCGCCCCCGCCGCCAGAACGCCCCUCUUGCGCAUUGAUUCCUGAGGGGGUACAGGAGCGGCUGCUGCUGCCAGCCAUCAUAUAAAACUAUUUAUUCAUA